UACUGUUUAAUUCCAAAUAUACUAGAGUGAAAUAAUUGCAUUCGAUGUCAAAGAUUUCAAAAUAAUUGAAGGAAUAAUGUAUUAUAUUCUACCACAUUUAGAGUCAUGUUGUUAAUAGUGAUCAAUAUUAAGUCGGAGUGGUUUGCUGCUUUAUGUGAAGUAAUGAGCAAAGAUAUAAUUACGCAGACGGAAGUUAAAACGUUAUAACAGAAGGAAAAGUGCUGGUAAAUUAAAUGGCUAAGAGUGGAAAAUGGAAAGUAGUGCGAAGAAAAAGGAGACUAGCAGCUUUGAUGAAAAUGAAUUAGAAGAACAAAUUGUAAUUCACUUGAAGCAGAUGGUUCAAGAUGAUGAUGAGGAGGAAGAGGAAGAGAACUGGACAGGAGAAACAGUUACCCAUCUCACUGGAAAGGUUCGAGCAUGUUACUUAAAGCAUUUGGAGAAAAUCCUUAUGAAGAACUAUGAGAUAUGCUCUCAGAAAAACUGUGCUGAAUAUCGUUUCAGCCGGGAAGAUGUAAUAAAAUGUGCUGUCCAAAUGGAACGAAAGGCAUUGCGAUCAUGCAUGGUGGUCAUCUUAUACCAAAGAGCUAUGACACGGUUGGCUGCAGACAUCAAGAAGCACACUGAACAACUAAAGCUGUAUAAGAAGUUGAAAGACUGUGUCACAGAUGGCCCUCUGUGGUCAGACAAGACAACACAGGUAGAUGGACAUUCUGGCUACAUAGACAAAACAACACAGACUGAUUUUGUAUUUAUGGGCACAGAGGAAGUUACUGCUGAAUCUCAUAACUCCCAGACUGAAAAGGAAACAGAAAUGUCACUGUCUAGCCCAACUGGCCAGUGUUUUCAACCAUUAUCUGUCAAAACAGAACCCCAGACACCAGAGGCAGAUAAUGAAGAACCUGUACAGGGUGUACCAAUUCCUGUGUAUGUGUCAGGAAUGAUUGCCACAGCUGUUAGAAGUACAGAUUACUUUCCUUUUAAUGGUGUAGAACCCAUGCCAUAUUAUGAAACGAAUCAAGAAUUUGUGCCAAAUGUAAACACAGAUAAUUUAUUUCAAUGUCCAAUAGUAAGUAAUGAAUCAACAGUUCAGGUUAACCAUAAUGGGGCUAAAACUGAAACAUUUAUAUCUGAGAAGGAUAUAAAUCCAGAGGAACCUUAUGAAUGGUCAAAUAUUGAAGAACAAAGCAGCUUGAAUGUAGGAAGUGUUGCAUCUAGUAAACCUUUUUUGACUGUGAGAAGGUUAAGUGAUUUGCAACAAAAUGAAAACUUAUCUAAUGGAACAUUGUGUGGUGAUAAAUUAAGUGAUUUAGAUCUUGAAGAAUGCUCACGUAUGAACAUUGAUGACAGAAUUUCAGCUAUACUUAGGAGAGAAACUCAUCACUUUUCAGGUGGUGAACAUUUACAGCUUGAGGAAACUGUUAAUGAGGAUGAUGGGGAACCUAGUAUAUGGACAGUUGAAAAAUGUCACCAACAAAAUUUGUUACGUGCUAAGAUAUAUGAGACCUGCUUUAAUGUCCGUAAGAGAGGAAGAAUGAGACUUCGAUUCUUAGAACUGUUUGGCAGUGACAGCGAAGAUUGUUUUGAUGUAGAUGAACAUGUAACAAACUUCAGAGAUAAAAUUGCACGUUGGGUAGUUGAAAGACUUAUGCCCUACUAUAGGGAAGGUCGAAUACAAUCACGUCCUCUUUUCAAGUUCCUUGCACGGCAUAUUGCUGAUACACUCCUCCUCAAGAACCAUGUGCCAGAUGAAGCAGAUGUAGAGAAGAGUGUAAUGGAUUUCUUCAGCCAUCAUGAUAUGAUAGAGAGUGAAGAUGAUAUAUGGCUUUAAUAAAGUGUCAUUCUUACAGUACAUGUUAAGACUACACCUGUGAGAAGAGUUAUGAUAUCUCCAGUAUUUUAGAUGCCAAAGAAUUGGGAUAUGGAAUCUGGAGCCAUGGGAUGAUCUCAUUAAUAUUUAGUUCUCUAUUUAAUCCCACUUGAUCUGUGAUAAUUUAUGACUUCGAUUUAUUUAAAACAGUUAACCAUUUAUUUUAUUGUAGGAUGGAUGUGUUAUUUUAAAAGCACAUCCUUAUUUCUGCCUGAAAGGUGAAAUAGUGAACUAUAAAUAUGACUAUUAUCUUGGAUAUUGUCCAUCAGUUUUUUUGAAUGUGGAUCUGUUGCUUUUAUCAGAUAUAUGGAAGGAAUGUUUCCUACUCAGUUGGACCAUUAGAGCUAAUAUCAAUCAGUGAACACUAAAAGAAUUUCUAAGCAAAGUGUAUUCUCUACCAACAUCAGAUUAUCAUAAGUGAGACAAAAGAACAGUAAAUUUCUAGUCAGAAUUAUGAAGCAACCACAGGAAGGAAAAAAAAUUAAGUAAGAUUUGAGGUUUUCACAGCAGUGACUAUGAAGAAAGCAGUCUUCUGG